AUGAAGACCACCUCAGCAGUGGUGGCCAUCACAGCCCUAGCCGCCGUAGCCAGCAUCCCCUCGGCUACGGCCGGCAAGCACCGCAUGAAGCUCCACAAGAUGCCCGCCACCUCCUCCGCCUCCUCCCAAACUAUCCUCAACAACCUCCAAUCCCAGACCGCCUGGGUCAGCCAGAAGUACUUCGGCGCCGAAGACGCUGCCGGCGGCCAGAAGUUCAGGUACGGCCAUGCGUUCAAGGCGCCCAAGGAGGGCGAAGACGUCUCGAUCCAGAUGAUCGAAGAGGCCGACCUCGCCAGCGUUGGACACGAAGUCCCUCUUAGCAACUACUUGAAUGCCCAAUACUUCUCCGAAAUCAGUCUCGGUACUCCCCCUCAGUCAUUCAAAGUGGUCCUUGACACGGGCUCCUCCAACUUAUGGGUCCCCUCUACCCGUUGCUCCUCGAUCGCUUGUUUCCUCCACUCCAAGUACGAUUGCGAGGCCUCUGAAACCUACCAGGCCAACGGCACCGAAUUCAAGAUUCGGUACGGCUCGGGUAGCUUGGAAGGUGUCAUCAGCAACGAUGUCUUGACUAUCGGUGACUUGACCGUCCCGGACGUCGAUUUCGCCGAAAGUACCAAGGAGCCUGGACUUGCCUUUGCUUUCGGCAAGUUUGAUGGAAUUUUCGGUCUUGGUUAUGACACCAUAUCUGUCCUCCAUACUACCCCACCAUUCUACAAGAUGAUGGAGAAGAACAUGCUCGACGAGCCUGUAUUCGCCUUUUACUUGGGCUCAGCUGAGGGAAACAAGGCUGACCCCAACGGUGGUGAGGUCGUCUUCGGUGGCGUUGACGAGGCGCACUACGAGGGCGAAAUCUUCUACGCCCCUGUCCGCAGACGCGGCUACUGGGAGGUCGAAUUGAAGUCGGUCAAAUUCGGCAAAGAGGAGAUGAAGCUCCACAACGUCGGUGCUGCUAUCGAUACUGGUACCUCGCUCAUUGCUCUUCCAACCGACACCGCCGAGAUCAUCAACGCCGAGAUUGGCGCCACAAAGAGCUGGUCCGGGCAAUACACCGUCGACUGCAGUCGGAUCCCUGACCUACCCGACUUAACAUUCAACUUCGGAGGCAAGGAAUUCACGAUUACUGGCGAGGAUUACAUCCUCCAAGUCCAGGGCACCUGUAUCUCCGCGUUCACCGGUCUUGACAUGCCCCCCAACAUUGGCGAAUUGUGGAUCGUCGGCGACGUGUUCCUUCGUAAAUGGUACACUGUCUACGACUGGGGUCGGGAUGCCGUCGGAUUCGCCAAGGCCCGUUAA